AUGGACUUCCUUCGUCGUCUCGCGGCCGGCCUCGAUGACCGCAACAUUCCUUGGAAGACACUCAUCAUCACCUUUGCGCUUGGUGAAUACGCCCUCGAAUCAUACCUUUCGUACCGCCAGUACCAAGUCCUCCAGCGCAAGACCGUUCCACAGCAACUCAAGAAUGAGAUAGAUCAGGAAACUUUCGAUAAGAGUCAGAAAUACGGCAGAGCAAAGGCCAAGUUCGGAUUCGUGAGUGGCCUGUGGUCGCAGGUCAAAAAUCUAUUCGUCAUUCGCUACGAUGUCUAUCCUCGCCUGUGGGCCAUUGCUGGUCUAGCGAUGACCAAGUACGCCCCUGCACGCUUCCAAGGUGAAAUUACGCAGAGUCUGGUAUUUGCAUUUGGCUACUCCUUCAUCGAAACAAUCAUGGGCCUGCCAUUCAGCUACUACUACAACUUCGUCCUCGAGCAACACUACGGCUUCAACAAGCAGACUGUCGGUCUAUGGGUUAGCGAUCUUCUCAAGUCGCAAGCCCUCAGCUUGGCUUUUGGUAUUCCGAUUGGCGCCGCAUUCCUUAAGAUCAUCCAAAAUACUGGAGAUCAGUUCUUUCUCUAUAUCUGGAUGUUCACCCUAGCUGUGCAACUCGGCGCCAUUACUAUUUACCCCAAUCUGAUUGUGCCGAUCUUCAACAAGCUCACUCCACUCGAACCCGGCGAAUUGAAGGAGAAGGUUGAGGCUCUUGCGCAGCGUCUGCAAUUCCCGCUCGCUGAAUUACAGGUCAUCGACGGCAGUAAGCGUUCCGCCCACAGCAAUGCGUACUUCACUGGUCUGCCUUUCUUGCCCAAAAAGAUUGUCAUCUACGAUACCCUGAUUGAGAAGUCUGAAACCAAGGAGGUAGAAGCCAUCCUCGCACACGAACUUGGUCACUGGAAAAUGGGUCAUACUUCCAAGUUGCUCGGAAUCUCAUCCUUCCACCUAUUCUAUGUCUUCGCCCUUUUCAGCGUCUUCAUUAACAACAACUCACUGUACGAAGCGUUCGGAUUCAUGAAGCAAAGACCCAUCAUCAUUGGUUUCAUACUGUUUAAUGAAGUCCUCUCGCCAACGGAUUCGCUUGUAAAGCUCCUCAUGAACAUCCUCACUCGCAAGUUCGAGUUUGAAGCCGAUGCCUUCUCCCUCAAAUUGGGCUACGCAGCAGAGCUCGCGCAAUCGCUCAUCAAGCUCCAGAUCCAGAAUUUGUCCUCCAUGGAUGCUGACUGGAUGUACUCCUCGUACCAUUACUCACAUCCAAUCCUGACCGAGCGCUUGAAGGCCGUUGGCUGGACGAGCGAGAAGAAGGUAUCGGUCGCAAAGCCUUCCUCUAAAGAGGACUCGGACGCGCCGAAGAAAGACCUCUAG